UUUCCUCUAUUUUCAUCUUCCUCUGUCUUUUUCUUCCUCCCUCUCUCUGUUUCUCUUAUUCUCAAAUUCCCACCCCCCCCCCUCCCCUUCCCUACUUUCCCAACUUCUCUAUCCCUUACUACAGAUUGCUCAGCCAUAAGGACCAUAUUGUGCAUGAAUAGACACGAUUGAGGCUGUAUUGUCCUUCCUUCAGUCAUGAUUAAAACAUCUGUGAUGAGCGUGAAGAGUUUUAUGCUGUCCUUAUCAAGGUUCAACCGAGAAAGGGGGGAAAACCAAGCCGAGAUGUACUGAAGAUUCUGAUUUCAAGAGCAGGCUUGUUUAUUCUCCGGUUUGAAAUCUUCAGAGAUGAUCUGCUUGUGUUUGUCUUCCACUCCUCCUCAACUUCAAAUUAGUUGAUGAGUAAUUACAAGAGGCUUGGAUCUUAAUCAUCGCAAGGGAUUGUUACCAGGGACAUAGCAACGCUUGGUAUCCAUGGAGGAACUUGAGAGAGAAGAUAGCAAAGAGAAACUGAUGAUUCCAAAUGGGAGACAUAUUAAUGAAGGAGAUGGAGGAGGAAGCAAAGAAACUAAAGAUAAAAUGAAUGAGAAUAAGUUUGGUAAUCAUUGUGAGGGUAAGGUUGGAGAGUCGCUCUCAUUGAGUAAAGCUGUCUUGGAACCUAAGCAACGCCCUCGCUUGAUGAGCUUUGAGGAGGCGGUUGCCGGGGAAACCAUGGCACGCUGCCUGGCAGAUUUGACACAUCGCAACAAGCACCAAGCAAUUAUAAACAGAGGCCAUCAGACACCUCAGCAGUAUGGACGCUCCUUCAGUUACACCAGCAAUUCUUCGCGAUUCAGUAAUGCUCAUCUUCAACAUCGAGGGCGCCCUAGCGCACCAAACCUCGGGUCCGGACGGAGGAUGCUGACACUUACUCCUACAUUAGAACGCUCAAGCAACUCUCAGGAGUUUGUGCAAGAAAAGAGAAUAUUCCGUCAGAUUAGCGAGCCAGCGAUGCUUUCAUGUUUUGUAGACGAUAAUGGUACUCAGAAUCUCAAUCGCAGUCGUAGCAAUAAUACCGGAUUUACCACUGACGUCCAGAACGCUACAGUUGGUGGAAGUUGUAAUGCUAUUAAUCGUCAAAGGCAUUCAAGCCCUCACCCAAAUAGAAGACUUGCCUCAUCACGUUGUAUGUCAUACAGUGAGCAAGUAAACUCUAUAAACGAUAACAUUCACGGCACGAACAGUCUAAACCAUUCGCAAUCAGAACCAAAGCUGGGAGACCCACCCCGCUUGAUCGUCGUUGAUAUACCGCUGGAAUCGGAAGAGUCGGGUUCAACACGAAGAGCGAUGCAGGGUGAUAAUUCCAACCUGACUGAAAUGAAUAUCACAACACCAGAUGGUAUGGCCCUUAAUGAGAACUGCUCUCAGUUAAUUGCAGGAACAGACUUGAAGGUCAGGAAGGGGCACACCAUCCACUCAUCAACGAACAAUCCUGAAAUAGAAGAUAUCUGGACCAGGCGCGAGGAUUUUGUUCCCCCAAACGGCGCUAUUCCAAGCAAAGUACUAGAUUCUAAUUCGCUGAAAACCAAGUGCAAUUUGGAGAGGGGGAAAGUACAGGUGGCACAGCAGGGUGCCCUCUCGCAGGAAGACCAACUGGAUAAUGCACCCCCAGGAGGGAGAAUGGUAUCAUCUAGGGAUAAUUUGAUUUGUACUACAGAGAGUGGAAUGAAUGGAAUGUACCAUGAUGAAGAGGAGGGGGGUGAGAUUGGGGUAUAUGAUGCCAUGGAGCAUACAACUGAUAGUGAGACAUGCGAUAGCUCUUCAGUGGAUAGCAGAAAUGAUGUGAUGAGCAUAGAAAGAGCUCCGUACACCAUGCGUGGGACCAAUGCCGAGUGCAGGAGUGCUCCUUUACUCCGAAAACAAGUCAGUUUUGAUCUUUCCCUCACCUUCUUCGAUGACGACAUCGUCAAUGGCCGUCCGGGUCAAUCCCCGGACUCCGUUGGGAAGUCGUCCCCUUGGUUCAAGCGACUUCGCCGUCCUACGCGGACUCGCAGCGAGGGACGAGUCGACGCAUGUUCCUUGGAUGAUGUUUUUGAAGAGCCGGAAGAGUCGCGACCAAAAUCAGGCACGUUGCCUCGGAAUAUUGGAUCUAGUCUAUUCAAGGAUGAUACUGAUAUUGAUGUUCCUCAAACGACAUUCAACGGUGGGAAACCAAAAUCUAGUACACUACCUGCCUCUUACCGUGCAUUACCUCAAAACAAAUGUAGCAUCUUGCAGCCGGAUUUUUUCAUCCGCAAAAAUGAAAAAUACCCCAAGCCUCGCAAGAAGGACCACGGCAAAGUGAAAAUACCAAAGCAACGUUCUCAUUCAGAAAUUAACCCGUACAGCUGCGACAAAAGGGAGAAACGCUCAUCUGUUAUUGCGGAGGAGGAUGAUAUUUGCGCCCUCACAGCGCCAACCAGUAAGAAACCGUUUUCGGGAUUGCGUCGGAUGCUGUCACGGGAGUCGAUACAGAACAAGCAAGGGAAAGUGUUGCGUAGAAGAAGCAAGAGUGAGUCAUGUAUGCUGCUUCCUAUGGGUAACUGUAAGGUGUGUGAUUCAAAGGUGGAGAGAGGUGAGGAGGUUGCCAUGCCAACAGAAGACAUCAUUCACAAGAGAUGCUUCAAAUGUGCCAAAUGCGAACAAGGAAUGUCCCUCCGUUUUUACCUCGCAAGGUGAGUCCAACUUUCUCUGGAGUUUAACUUGUUGAAAUUUUCUGUAUUGCUCCCCUUUUAUUACCAUCAUCAUGAAAAAAAAUCAUCCACUCCUUGUCAUCAGCUUGUACAGAUUAUUUAGUUUGUGCUGUGUGUUUGUUUUGUUUUUUUGGGGUAAAUUCAAAUAAUAAUAAAUUUUCAGUAUAUGUAAUAUCACUCAGAUGAUCUAUUGUCAGGGAAUAAUUUUCCUGGUAUUGCAUCAUAAUUUGCUCCACAUUUUCAAAGACUGCUACACAAAAACAUAGGGCUCUACAGAACUUAAUUGAGAGCCUCUCACUUAUAACCCAAAAUGCUACUCAAAUUUGGUAAGAAAAAUUUUCCCUGUUAAAAACAUACAUCAGAUAAUUGAAAUUGUGUAAAAGAACAAUAUAUUCCUGUAUUCUUAUUGCAUUGAGAUAUACCUGUGUUUUUCUUUUUCCUAAUAUUAUUUGUAUAUCAUGAAAUGGGGUUGUACAAUAUUAUAUUUGACAUAUUAAAGUUCUAAUAAAGCAUUAUGUCUGUAUAAACAAUGCAUUGUAGUAAAUGAAGAGGCUUUUAAUAGGAGAAAAUUAUAAUUUGUUUACAAAUUUUCGGCAUUACUCCUAUUUGUUUAAGAUCGGUAUGCUCGAUCUGUAAUGAAAAUCAUAAGUCAGAAAAAAUUGGAACCAGUGGGAUUCGAACCUGCCAUCUACUGCUUUGCAUUGUAGUAAUCCAUUGUUCUACAGUUAGAUCAGUUUUACUUGUAAUCCCUGUAACUCGACCAUUGCAACGUUGGCAAUGGAAAAUGAUGAAUCAGAAUGCAUUUUCUUGACCUUGACAAAAUGAAUUUUAGAUUUUGUUUUGUAAAAGAACAUAUCCACCGACAAUAUUCUCGAUUAAGCUCAAUACAUUAGCUCGAUCAUUUAAUGCACUUCAGUCCAACAAGCAAGGUCUACCAAAACGUACUUUCCCCCCAUGUUCUUUUCAAUAGGGAAUGAGAACAUGAUAGGAGCUUAAGUGAUGGGAAUGGUUUUAUGAAAUGGAUAGAUGAUCAUUAGAAUAAUGUCUGGCUCAUCACUUGGGGAAGAUAUAAGGUUAUGUUGCCUCCCAUUUCAGGGCUAUAUUACUUAUAAUGACCGCUACCUAGUGAUUGUUGUAUUUUACAUACUUUUUUUAGUUUGAAUUCCAUUUUUGGGAAAAUCAAAAUAGAUUAAUAGAAAAAAAUGAAUAAGAAUGUUAUAUGUUACUGUAAUAGAUUCUAAAAUCAUAAUAUCUAUUUCUGUAUUUGAACGUUUACCAUACAUGGCAGUCAUUUUAGAUUAAUUUUGAAAUAUUAGAAAUCCAGAAUGUACAUGGAAGAAUCAUUAUUUUGAUACAUCAGUUGAAUUUAUUGAGAUGACACCCCUCCCCCC